AUGACCGGGAGAGAGGGGAGCUGUGAGGCUGAAUGCAAGCCGCUUUUAGGGGAUUUUCUAUCUGCAGCCAAGGAGUCGGAGAAGAGCAGCCGGUCCAGGGGCUUCGCCAUCACAGACCUGCUGGGACUGGAAAGCAGCGCCGAACCCGGUCCCCCGCAGCCGCCAGGGGCGCCCCCGAGGGAAGGGCAGCCUCUGCUCAGCGCGGGGCUGGGGCUGCUCUGCAGCCGCUCGCUCAGCGCCUUCCACCCGCCCGGACCCGCUUUCCUGGACGUGCUGUCCGAGCUGCAUGGUCGCCCGGCCGCCCUGCACAGCCGCAUGCCACUGCUUCGGAGGGUCACCUUGCUCGACAACUACCAGGCGCUACACAACAACUCCGCUCCAACGCUGGGGAUUUUGUUCUUGCUGGGCAUUUUUGACUUUGAUGGAUUUAACAGUGACCCUGGUUUAAUCCCUUCCCUGGCACCAGAUGACGAGAACACGUCGUGCGAUCACAAUGACCCGAAGAAUCCAGCAGCGUUGCAGUUGAAAAGGAAGAAGAGGCGACACAGGACUGUGUUCACAGCUCACCAGCUGGAGGAACUGGAGAAAUCUUUCAACGAGGCUCAUUAUCCAGACGUUUAUGCCAGAGAAAUGUUAGCAAUGAAGACAGAGCUCGCUGAGGACCGAAUACAGGUGUGGUUUCAGAACAGAAGAGCAAAGUGGAGGAAGCGAGAGAAAUGCUGGGGCAGGAGCAGUGUGAUGGCCGAGUAUGGACUGUACGGUGCCAUGGUCAGGCACUCCAUCCCACUGCCCGAAUCCAUACUCAACUCUGGCAAAAAUGGUUUGGUAGGAUCUUGUGCCCCAUGGCUGCUUGGAAUGCAUAAAAAAUCUGUUGACCCAACACUGAAAACUAAAAGUGAAGGAGAGGAUUAUGUGGCGAGCAGCAUUGAUUCAUCACAUACAGAGGUCAGCACAGACCGGGUGCCCAUAACCAACCGUGGCACCACAGCUGAAGAAGACAAUAUGGCCUUGGACCUCUCCAGCACAGAAAAACCAUCGAGCAAGGACAAUAGUCCAAAGCAAUACAUUUCUAGGCAGUCCAAUGUGGAGAUUAGACAAAGAGCACCGAAGAAAAAUUAA